AUGGACAUGGACUCACAAACAGACAGUGAUUGGGAAUUUGAUGAAGCGGAAGAUGAAAAAGAUAUUCUCUUUACCAAGGCCACACAACAAGUACAAAAGACCCAUGACAAAAUAGUGCCCAGCGAUUUGUUGCAAUUAUAUGGACUUUUCAAACAGGCCACUGUGGGAUCAUGUAACACCACCAAACCAGGCAUGUUUAGUAUGCAAGCCCGUGCCAAAUGGUCAGCAUGGCAAGAAUUGGGUUCAAUGUCCUCGGAAGAGGCCAAACAACGUUAUGUGGAAAAGGUAAAAGAACUUUUUCCACAAUGGUAUGAUGCAGUGCAAAAGGGAGAGAAUAAUAAGAUCAGUGGUGGCGGCGGUACUGGUUGGGUUGUACAUUCCGUAGAAAUGCCACCCACCGACAGUGAAGACAACAAACCCGACGAAGAAAAAACCAUAUUUGAUUUUGUUAAAGAUCGUAAUUUUCAAAAAGUAGAAGAACUACUUCGAAAGAGUGAUUUAGAACAAUUAGACGAUAGCGGUUUGGGUCUUAUACAUUGGGCAACAGACGCCAAUGAUAUUUCAAUACUAUCACUACUUUUAUCUUCCGGCUGUCCAGUAGAUUUACGCGACGCUGAAGAUCAACAAACUGCAUUACAUUAUGCUGCCUCAUGUGGUCAUGCGGAAUGCGUACGAUUACUAUUACAAUAUGGUGCUGAUAGAAUGGCCUUGGAUGCUGAUGGUAAAUCGUGUAUAGAUGUCGCAGAUUCCUCGGUACUGUCAUUAUUGCAAUAA